AAAGCCAGCAGAGGACGAGUCGUGCUCACACACACACAAAAAAAGAGAAGAGCUUGUUCAUCCGCACCCAACCAAGAAGAUAACAUGGGUGAUUUUUUUCCUUCGCCAUACGUGACGACAGCAACGGAUGACUUUGUCACUGACCCUUUCGAUUACUCGGGCGACUACGAUCUGGGCCCCACCCAGAUCACCGGCAUGUGCGACAGGAGCUGGGUCAGGCAGUUCCGAGGCCGGUACGAGCCCCCCCUCUUCUGGAUCAUCUUUGCGCUGGGCGCGGUGGGCAACCUGAUGGUGGUCUGGAUCUACACCACCGUGCGCAACCGCCUGAAGACCAUGACGGACGUCUACCUGCUCAACCUGGCCGUGGCCGACCUCCUCUUCCUGUGCACGCUGCCCUUCUGGGCCGCCGAUGCCAUUAAAGGUUGGGAGUUCGGCGGGGGUCUCUGCAAGGCGGUGUCUGCCGUGUACAAGAUCAACUUCUUCAGCAGCACCUUCCUCCUGACGUGCAUCAGCGUGGAUCGCUACAUCGCCAUCGUGCAGGUCACCAAGGCCCAGAACUGGAAGGAGAAGCGUCUGUUUUACAGUAAAGUGGCCUGCCUGGCGGUGUGGCUCGUCUCCACUCUCCUCGCCCUGCCCGAGUUUCUUUUCGCCCGCGUGAAGACGGACCUGAACGGGUCGUCCUUCUGCGUGCUGGUCUACUGGAACAACGCGAACAAUCGCACCAAGAUCCUGGUGCUCGCCCUGCAGAUCUGCGUGGGCUUCGUCCUUCCCGUCCUCAUCAUGAUCUUUUGCUACUCGGUCAUCAUCCGCACCCUUCUCCAGGCCAGGAGCUUCGAGAAGCACAAGGCCCUGCGCGUCAUCUUCAUUGUGGUUUUUGUGUUCCUGGCCUCGCAGCUUCCGUACAACGGGCUCCUGAUGGUGGAGGCCUCGCAGGCCGCCAACGCCACCAUCACAAACUGCGGCGUGGUCAAGCGCUUCGACGUGGCCGGACAGGUGGCCAAGAGCCUGGCUUACAUGCACGCCUGCCUCAACCCCUUCUUGUACGUCUUUGUCGGGGUGCGCUUCAGGCAGGACCUGAUGAAGUUGUUGCGCUCGUGCACCCGAGGACCCGGCAGAGGCGGGAUCGCCAAAUUCCAAGCCGUUCCCAAACGGCCAUCGGUUGGGACGGACACCGAAACCACACCGGCUCUUUCAUUAUGAACAUUAUCAUCCAUCGCUUUUCUGGAGGAUUGCCGGUAUGUCGUGACGAGCGUCACAGUUGAGCCACAAAGGCGGUUGUGCACAGCCAUGUUAGAUGAGGCCUCUUUGGCACAUAAGUAGACAGACUUGAGCCAGGCCGUUGUGUCAUCCUCUUUUCUAUCUGCACCCUUAUGACCAUUUCGGACAGAUUAGACCUUCUUCCACAUCUGGGAGGAGAAAGGGCUCCGUGACCGUCUACUUGAUUUUUCUGGCCUCCAUUUAAACGUUGAACUGAGGAUAUAGUCUUCCGGUAGUUCAUGUUAGUAUGAUAUCGCAAGUAUGACGGAUUAAAAGGAACAGGUGAAGGCUUGCGCAGAUUUUUUCAAUUGGUGCCGUGACCCGGAUCAUACAGGUAGUCACUUCAAGAAUAAGACUGCAAGCAUUAAAGAUAAAAAGACCUGGUGGAGGUUUGCUCAGAGCCAUUUAGUGACAAUCUGCAAACACCUAAAACGGCGCUGUGAUUCGAACCCAGAAACGCUCGACUGCGAAGCAGAGGUGCUACCCGCUAGUCACCGUGCUGCAUAAACAAAUCCCAACCAUCCAUCCAUUUUCUGUUGUGUAAAUAGGGUCAAUAGGGUCAAUAGGGUCAAGGGGAAGAUAAAGUCAGGCGGGGUACACCCUGGACUCGUUGGCUAGCUAUCGCAGUGCACAGAUAGACAAGAGUUUGGCGGAGAUUGGGCAAGAGCGAGGGUACAUCCUGGACUGGUCGCACGUCAAUGACAGAGUACAGCAAGCAACCAUUCAUACUCCGAUGGACAUGUGACCUUCAAUUUACAUUAGAUGCAAGUUUGGGGGAUGUGGGAGACCCAAGCAAACAGAGCAACAACUUGCAAAGUGCAAGAAUCUCGACUAUGAGGCAGACGCGCUGCCUAUUUUGCUCAUCUUUCAAAAAUAUGGACUAAAUUGACCUUCUUGUACAUAAUGUAUACAAGUGUAAAUAUUGUGCUGUGCGUUUGUCUCGUCACACUUGGUCCAAUACGUCCAUUAAAAUUUUGUCCUCUCUAUUUUCAGAUAUUUAAAAAAAACAACAACAAACAUUCAAACUAUUUCUGUCAGGUUCGAGGGCAAACGCUGACGUCAUGAGUUGAGAAGGGCAGUGUGUCAAUCCCAUGUUGACCAACGUCGCGUUUCCAUCAAAAUUUCUGCUUGGCUCUCGACGAAGGCGGACGCUUUUUGCACUGCUCCUCCUGCCCUCACCCCACCCUUUCCGUGCUUGCCACUUAGUCCUUGUGCUGUCUUUGUCUAACUUUUUUCCUAGCCUCCUACCGUAUUUUUCAUCCGAAGAACUAACCAUGGAAUUAGUUGGCUGGUCUCUCGAUGUAAUCGACAAAAUUUUUUCGACUGAUCGGCGCCAGUGAGGAGAUACAGACCAAGGACUCAAGGCUGUCUGGAAUUGUUGGCGGCCGUCUAUCUGGCCUUUCCCCUGGAUGGAAGUACGCAUGGCAUCUAGGGCCCCCAACCAACACACAUACACAACUGGACAACUACACGCGCAUACACAUCCUUGUUAUCACCGUCUUCAUCGCUCCGAUUCUUUUUCCCCCGUGAUGUGGUUUGAUAUGCGGAGCGCAACGGUGACCGUGCAGCUGGUCAUUUCGGCCGCGUCGCGGUUACCCCCCCCCCCCCUUUCCAUUCAUCCUCCCCCCUUAUUACAUGUUAUGUCUUGUGACUUGUUGUAACUGUCAUAUGCUUAUUUAUGUGCUAGGGUCUUUUUUAUCCUGGACUUAAAUUAUCCUCGGAAAAGGAUAGUUCCAGCGUGUUUUCUUUCCC